AUCGGUUUAUAAAGGUAUUUUGCAGAAAGUAAAUGAAUUAAACUUUUUACAUAAAUGGUGUUACUUCAUCACAAAUUACAGUGAAUGUCGCACAUAAAUAAAAUGUGUUGUAUAUUCCCAAGUACAUUUAGUAUAGCCUUGUCCGGUACGACUGUUCAGAAUCGCAGUGAAAAGUUUUGAUAAUGCUUUAGUGAGCUUUUUCGGAAACAAUUUAACAAAUGUUAAUAAUUUUUAAAGAGGUGACCACCAAAACGUGAUACAAAAAUUUAUGUAAUUAUGAAGGCAAUGAAGUUUCUUUCGUACCUGUCCCGGAAAAAGACACCUCUGGUGAAUCAGGAUAGCAGUCUAUUGGCUAGAGUUUUAAGUGUUGUAGAUUUGACGGGAUUAGGGGUAGGAAGUACUCUAGGUUUAGGGGUGUAUGUGUUAGCCGGUUCUGUUGCGAAAACAGUAGCCGGACCUGCCGUCUGCCUAUCGUUUCUUGUAGCAGCCAUAGCCUCAGCAUUUGCUGGUCUUUGUUACGCUGAAUUCGCAUCUCGAGUGCCCAGAGCUGGAUCGGCUUACGUGUAUAGUUACGUUACUGUCGGCGAGUUUGUAGCGUAUAUAAUUGGUUGGAAUUUAAUCUUAGAAUAUGUUAUAGGUAGUGCCAGUGUUGCCAGAGGGAUGAGUAAUUACAUAGAUUCAUUGACCAAUUACCAAAUGAAAAAUUAUUUUUCUCAAGUUGUCCCUAUUAACGUGGAUUUUCUUGCUGAUUACCCGGAUAUACUGUCUUUUGUUCUAGUUGUAGUUAUCACAGUUCUUCUAGCAUUUGGUGUUAAAGAAUCGUCAUUCCUUAACAACAUUUUUACAGUAUUAAACUUGGUUGUCAUAGCAAUAGUAAUUGUAGCAGGCUCUAUUAACGCCGAUGUAAAAAAUUGGCGAAUAUCAAAGGAUGAGAUUCCUGAAGAUCUAUCGUCAGCUGCUGGGGAAGGAGGAUUCCUUCCGUUUGGAGUAGCUGGAAUAAUGGCGGGUGCAGCUAGAUGUUUCUUUGGUUUUGUCGGUUUUGAUGCCAUUGCAACAACGGGAGAGGAAGCAAAAAAUCCCCAAAGGAAUAUACCAAUAGCCAUUGUUAUUUCAUUAACGAUAAUUUUCUUUGCAUACUUCGGCAUUUCGGUUGUUCUAACGCUCAUGUGGCCAUACUAUGAUCAAGAUGCUGAUGCCCCAUUUCCUUACGUGUUCGAACAACUCGGGUGGACAGCUAUAAAAUGGAUUGUAACUACGGGGGCUGUAUUUGCCCUUUGUACCAGUCUUCUGGGUGCUAUGUUUCCACUUCCUCGAGUUCUAUAUGCAAUGGCUUCUGAUGGUCUUCUGUUCUUUUCUUUAUCAAAAGUUCAUCCUAAAACACAAACGCCACUUUUAGCAACUAUUAUUUCUGGAAUAUUUGCAGGACUAAUGUCUAUGAUAUUCAAUCUCGAUCAACUUGUGGAUAUGAUGUCAAUUGGUACCCUUUUGGCUUACACCAUUGUGUCGGUGUGCGUUUUAGUCUUAAGAUAUGAACAAAUAACCGAUUAUUCUCAUCUGAAAAAGGACUUGGAAAUGAAAAAACAAGAUGUCGUGUUAUUCGAUGUUUUUAAACAAGUGUUUAAUUUGAACAACAAUAAAUAUCCGAACGAAUUUUCGGCCAACAUAAUCAAAUGGAGCAUAGUGGCUUUUAGUGUAUUGAGCGUCGUAAUUUCCUUGAUUUUAUUUUAUGGAAUGACAGAUUCAGAAUUUAUGAAACCACAAUAUAUUGUACCCCUGGUUCUUUUGUUUAUUGCCCUUAUUGUAUGUGUAAUUGUUAUUGCAAGACAGCCCACAGAAGACGCCAAUUUGGCAUUCAAGGUCCCAUGGGUGCCAUACAUCCCAUGUUUAAGUGUAUUUAUAAAUUUGUAUUUGAUGGUGCAACUAGAUCUCCAAACCUGGAUCAGAUUUGCUGUAUGGUUACUAAUAGGAUUUGUUAUAUAUUUUGGCUACGGAAUUACUCACAGUACUGAGAGGGAAAUUCAUGAAUUAUCAGAAAAGAAAAAUAGUUUUGCCAUUUCAGCCAAUGAAACAGAAAAACCAGAAAAUGAUACGUACAAAAAACAAACGACUGCAUGUUAACUAUGUUAUUGUUUUGGAAUUUAUAAUUAUAUUGUGUAAAAUAUUAGACCUUAAAUAAACAUUUUUUUUAUAAAAA